AUGUCUUCCAAACCAGCCAUCCUUCUGGUCACGGGCUCCUUCUCCUUUGCGGGGAUGUACUACCCGUUACAGGACGCCAUCAAGGCCCAGGGCUACGAGUGCUUCGUCAACAAUCUCCCCUCGGCCACGCGCAACCCUCCCGAGGAACCGGCGACGCUGGAAGACGACGCCGUGUUCAUCAGAGGCAUCGCCGAAAAGAUCGCCGACCAAGGAGGCAAGGACAUCGUCGUGGUCGCCCACUCCUACGGCGGCGUCGUGGCCACCGAGGCCGCGAAAGGCGUCCUCAAGGCCGACCGUCAAGCCGCGGGCAAACAGGGCGGGAUCGUCAAGAUCGUCUAUCUGACCGCCAUUGUUCUCCCGGUUGGCGCAUCGAACUUUAAGGACCAAGGUGAUCCUCCUGCUGCAUUGGUCGAAGUUGGAGAGGACGGCUUUAUGAAAAUCACCGGCCUCGAAAUCUGCGCCGGAGCAACCUUCAACGACUGGGACUUUGAAAAGGCGCUCGUCAUGACCAAGUCCAUGUCCAAGCACUCCUUCCCCAGCUUCAAGAGCCCGCUGACCUACGCUGCGUACGAGCAUGUUCCCACCGCGUACGUCUUCUGCGAAAAGGACAUGAUCCUCCCACCCGAGAAGCAGCGCCAGUUCAUCGACCAGAUCAAGGCGGGCACGGGGAAGGAGGUCGAGAUCCACACGCUCGACACGGGCCAUUGCGCCCCCGUCACUGCUGUCGAAGAGACGGCCAAGGUCAUCGUCGACAUUGCCGGUUCGGCAUAG